ACCCCGAAAAAGUGGAUCUCCAGUCUGAUUAGUCAAUUUCCAUUAUCAAAUCAAGGCUAGCCUCUGAUCAGUAACAUGUAAGGGAGGUGGGGUUGGUUGAUAACUGCUGACUAUAAAAUGAAGUCUGAUCAGGUUCUUCAUCUGCAAUCUUCUUGUAAAAUCAAGUCAUUUGUACCACCCCACCUCUUGAAAAACUCAGAACAUUUCCGAGUAUGAAGCAAAAGAUUGUGAUUGAGGUGCUACCAUGUGACAAAUGCCGUUCCAAAGCCUUGGUCUUAGCUGCUGCAACAGAUGGUGUUACGUCAGUGACAUUAGAUGGGCAAAAGACAGAUCAAGUGGUGGUGGUUGGAGAUGGAGUUGAUGCAGCUUGCUUGACCAAAUCCUUGAGGAAGAAGGUUGGCUAUGCUAGCUUAUUAACCGUGGAAAAAGUGAAGGAAACCCCCGAGAAGAAAAAGGAAGAAGCGAAGAAAGAUCCACCUCCAUGUGCAAGGUGGACAGUACCACCUUGUUAUCAUCCUCAACCUGAAUAUUAUAAAGCGGUUUAUGAUCCCAAUCCAUCUAGUUGCACUCUCAUGUGAUGAUCAGGGAAUGAACUUCCCUAGUACUCGCAUGAUGACCAAUCUAUCAUAUUAAUGGAAGAGAUUCGUUUCCUUUAUUUAAUUAGUAUUACUAUUGUUUUUAGUUUCAAAAUAACUUAUCUUUGUUUGUCACUUGUUAAUUAGCUUGUAUUGACAUGAUCUUGAGAUCUAGCUAGCUACAUCUUUAUUUUUC